GCUUUAUGAAAUUAUUAUUAGUAUGUGCCCAGAACAUUAUAUAAAACUCUCCAACCCCACAAAUUGCAACAGAUGGCCAGUCCUGAGAUAGCACAAUAUAACCCAAUCUGCAAAUGGAAACAUGAACAAGACCGUGAUGUCCUAGAGGUCAUUCUGUCUCCAGGAUUCAAGAAUGAUCAUCUCAUAGCAGAAUAUGGAGAUGGUGGAACUGUGAGGAUUUCUGGUGAGGGGCCGGAGGGGAAGAUCAACAAGGAAGUCUUAGUUCCUGGAGACUAUUAUAAUACUAAUGAGUUUGAGGCAAGAUACAGGAAAGGUAUUCUUCGCGUUAUAUUGCCGAAGAAUCAAACCAGAGGUCCUUCUCAGGAUAGCAGCAAACAAAACAGUGAGUCAAACCCCAGCAGUAGAGCUGAAGAAAAGGUCACCCCAAAAGCUUCUUCUCAUGGAUAUGUCACAAAGUUUGCAAUCAAUGCUGCGGCGGUAGUGGCGGUGGUUUCUGUCAUCGGCGUCUUCAGUUACAUGAUCUAUAGCCAUAUAAAACGGCACUAAGGGAUCAUUCAGUAUGGUUAUCGACUCUCAAAUUCUCAAGAUAAUUUAAAAAAUAACUGGAAUAAAUUGUUCCUGCUUUUAAAAAUUGAAAUUUUUGCAAAACAAAUGUGCUAAUACUUUUAACAUAUCAAUGACCAUAUUGAUAAGAUGGUCGAUUGAUUUGCUAAGGUCAUGUAGGGUACCGUUUACUUGAAUGAAACAAAAUUCUGCAUAAUAGGAUCAUGUUAGUACUCCCUGUCUGAAUUUACCUUGACGAGUUUUCUAUUUUCUAACAUCAUAUUAUUAUUACUUAAUAGUCAAGACACCACAUUUUGUUGAAUUUUUAAUGUAGAUUUUGAUAAUGUAUGAUUUGUUUCC